AUCGAUCUGCUUUCCUCACAAGAGGAGGCAGUUGCAGCAGGGAUAACUCAUGCAGAAUGAGUGUCUACUUUCUGAUUUAAACCGAUGAUUGACUUUGGCAGAGGAACGUCAGAUAGCCUACAACCAAAACCACCAGGACUUUGCUUACGGAGGGAUUUAUGAGGAAACAUCUGGAUAAAGAUUCAUCAUGAAGCACAUGUCCAUCCCGAAAUGGUUGAGUCAGCUGGGACUACCUCAGUACUGCGUGCUAUUCGAUGAGGAAUAUGAUGGAGUGGAGGUAAAGUCAGAAUCAACUGACUUGUUGCACCUGACAGAGAUGGAUCUGUUGAGUCUCGGGGUUCAAAGUCGUCUUCAUCGCAUCCACAUUCUCUCCAGUAUCCAAGUACUGCAAGAGCGGGAAACAAAGAUAGAGCUGAGGAUGAUGGCAGAAGGGAGGUUUUCCAGUCUGCCCAGGAACAUGCACGUUGGGCGACAGUGCACUCUGGCCUCUUCUAUGGAUCUGCUGAGUUCACGCCCUGCGGUGCCCCAGAUGCUGCCCGCCGGCUACCAGGAUGUCUCCAUCCAUGGCACUCUGCCUCGCAAGAAGAAAACCGGCACGACUGCCUCCGUGAGGCAGUGGGAGAUGAAUGGAAAUGUGGGAACAGCAGCAGGGUACCCAGGACGGUAUCAUCUGCCGCCGUCACCGCUAAUACACAACAUCAUUGAAGAACAUCACAAUUUCCACUUUGACAGGGAUGGCAACGGGGCAUCCAGGGACACCGCUGGCAUGGAUCCUACCAUGGAAUAUGUCAAGUUUUCGAGGGACAAGUACAUCAUGGAUGGUCCACCAGAGAAGCUACGCAAAGAACUAGAGGAAGAACUGAAACUUAGCAGCGAGGAACCGCGGAGCCAUGCCUGGUAUCAUGGAGCCAUCCCAAGACAGGUGGCAGAAAACCUGGUCCAGCGAGAUGGUGACUUUCUUAUCCGAGACUCGCUGUCCAGCCCGGGAAACUACGUCCUGACCUGCCAGUGGAAGAACACGGCCCAGCACUUCAAAAUCAACAAACGUGUAGUAGCCAUGAACGAGGCCUAUUCCCUGGUUCAGUACUUCUUUGAGAGAGAUGGGUUCGACAGCAUCCCUGCAUUAGUACGAUGCUACGUGGGCAACCGCGAGCCGGUUUCUGAGGUUGUGGGAGCUAUUAUCUUUCAGCCAAUCAACAGAGCUCUUCCUCUCAGAUGCUUGGAGGAGAAAUACAGAGUCGGAUCGACUCGUGCGGAGAUGGGAUACUCGGAGUGGAAGAAUCUGACUACUAAACGGUUAAGUCUGAAUAUCGUGAACGGACAUGGCCAGGAUCACACCCUCGGUCGGGGGAACCUCCUAAGCAACAAGGAUAAGUGUGGAAGUCAACCAGCAUGUCUAAACCACGUUCAGGAGAGGAGACGGCCACUAAAGACCCAUCAGUCUGAGAGUUUUCUCCCAAUUGGCUAUAGACCCCAGGCACAGGCACCACAUAUGGAACGCCAGCCGUGCCCUAAAUCCCCAGUAUUCCGAACCGGAAGUGAGCCAGCACUGAGCCCCACGGUACCCCGCAGGAUUGCUUUCGACACCCAGCCGGGCGAGGCUAUCCGUGGAUCUGACAGCCAGUUGUUUCCCAAGCCACCCCCUAAACCCAGCAAGGUGCCUUCUAUGAGAACAUCCUGCACCCCACCGGUACCUCCAGUGAAGCCCUACAAACUGCAGAAUUUAUUCCAACAGCAGCACCCGUCGGGUAGCCCAGAAGUAAGCUAUUGUGAACUGAGUCCUUGCAGUAAUACUGAGUGGGACAGAAUGAACAGCUUGCAUACUAACGGUUACGUGGAACGGCUAAAGAGCGAAGUGGAUUUAAGAAGAACCGAGAGCACCACUAAACUGGAUCGCAGUUCUUACCAUAAUGCGAUCAAAGCUUUGGACCACGGCAGCGAGGAAGAGAACACCGACGAAGACGAUGCCAAGAAAGCUACAGGUUUUAUAAGACCCGUGUUUGAAACUGAAUCGGCGUUUAAACCGGGAGACGCAAACUUCCGCCUUCUGCCGGAGGAGAACAAGCCGCUGGAGAUGACGGUGUUAAAGAAAGCAAAGGAACUUGUCGUCGGUCUGGAUCCAAAGACGAUCGCUAAACACAUCCUGCACGCAGACUGUCAGGUUGCUAGGAUACUGAAUGUUUCCGAGGAGAUGAAAGGUCAGAUGGGCGUGACCUCCGGGCUGGAGUUAGUGACCCUUCCUCAUGGGAGACAGCUGCGUCAGGAUAUCAUGGAAAGGCAUAACACCAUGGCAAUUGCCGUCGCUGUGGAUAUCCUAGGGUGCACAGGAAGUCUAGAAGAGAGAGCAGCCACCCUAAACCGGAUCAUUCUGGUCGCUCUGGAACUCAAAGACUCUAUGGGAGACCUUUAUGCGUUUUCCUCACUAAUGAAAGCACUGGACAUGCCUCAGAUCACCAGAUUGGACCAUACGUGGACUACCUUGCGGCGGAAAUACACACAGACGGCCAUUAUUUAUGAGAAAUCUUUGAAGCCAUUUUACAAAGGACUCUAUGAAGGAAGUGCUGAAAUUCCCCUGAGCAAUGCCAGCGUUCCCCUGCUGAUGCCUCUGCUCACCCUGAUGGAGAGGUCAGCGGUCACUUUCGACUGCAUGGACAUCUGGGAGAACAACGACCAAGGAUGUGAAAUCAUGUUCCGCCACCUAGAGGGUGCUCGUGCUGUCGCUCGCAACGCAGACACCUACACCUGCAACGCACAGCGGAUCCUGAAGGGUUUCCAACCUAUUGAUGACAUGUUGGAGAUCCUGAGGACGGAUUUCCAGUUGCGUCUGCUUUGGGGCAGCAGAGGGGCGGCCGUGAACCAGACAGAACGAUACGACAAGUUCAAACUCAUCCUCACAGCCCUGUCUAGAAAACUAGAACCUGCAGUCAAACACACAGAACUCUGAAAGAAAGAGACUGUAUAUACAUUCAAUUCAGUACAUGACUGCAAACUGAAUCUGCUGCACAUGGAGUCAUGUCAAAGAACAUUUGCACCUAAAAGAUCUUCUAAAGAUUCCUCUUGCAAUUUGGAAAGCAUUCAUGAGUUCAUCUGGCACAUCUAUGGAUAGUUCAUUUCUUCCAUGUAGACUUUGCAAAGGUGUAAUUGCGCUCUACACUUCUGACUGCUGAAAUGGGCAGGUAACAGUUGGUGUAAAAUGCAUCAAAGAAGGAAGGGUAUGCCGGUUUUAUCUAAUGGCCUUAUAUAAUCCACCCAAAGAUUGCAGGUCAGGGUGUACACAGAAUGUUUCAGUACUGAAAAUACGUAUCCGUGGUAAUCACGUGACCUGCAAAGUGAUGGAUGUUUACAGAUAUGAUGGACUAUAACUUUAAGAUGGAUCUGAAGUGCUAUGAAAGAAGGAAGCAAUGUUUAAAAUGCUAGUUUACACUGUUCUUGUCUCAUAUCAUGAAGUCCGCUGGUCAAUGCAGACCUGAUCAGUUUAAAAACCCCACAUGGUAAAUGCUGUACAUAUUUAUCUCUAGUGUAAACAUGUGAAGGCUAGUUUGUGUAAUAUAUUGUAUUAAGUAUUGUUGACCUGUAAAUAGUCACUCAUAAUAUUUUAAAUGGAAUAUUCUAAAAAGUUAUGAAUAAAUAUCUAAUAAAAUGUUUUUAAUUCUGUUACAGAAAUUGGCUUUGUU